CAAAAAUGGAUUUGCUGACUCCUUCUGUCUUCUUCUUCUUCUUCCUCCGACCUGUCUCCUAACCGUCGAAAGCUCUCGUGAGUCAUUACAACCUUUUUCCAAUGUCCGUAAAUGUGAAGGAGGAACCUGUGGUCCCGAACUGCGAUGUCGAUAAUACAGAGCUUGCAGUUUUCAAUGGAAAUGGGGAAAGUGAGCUCGAGGAUUUUGGGACACGCAUUGAUGUUAUAACCGAGAGAGUGAAUCAGCUUGAGCAAAGAGUUGUGGAGGUUGAACAGUUUUACUCUACCAAAGAUGGAGCAGCUCAAACAAAUACUUCUAAGAGUAACUCGGGCGGGAAAAAGGUUGCUAUUUCUCAACCAAACACCUCCAAGUGUAACUCGGCCGGGAAAGCAAAAUCAAAGGGAAAACAUGUUUCCAGCCCUGAACUUAUGCGUCAAUUUGCAACUAUUAUUCGUCAGAUUACUCAACACAAGUGGGCAUGGCCGUUUAUGGAACCUGUUGAUGUUAAAGGACUUGGACUCGAUGAUUAUCACAAGGUUAUAGAGAAGCCAAUGGACUUAGGAACUAUCAAAACUAAAAUGGAGGCUUCGGAGUAUAACAAUGUCCGGGAGAUAUAUGCUGAUGUUAGGCUAGUUUUCAAGAACGCGAUGAAAUAUAACGAAGAAAAAGAAGAUGUCUAUGUGAUGGCUAAAGCUGUAUUGGAGAAGUUUGAGGAAAGAUGGCUUACCAUAAUGCCUAAACUUGUCGAAGAGGAAAAGAAACAAGCAGAGGAAGAAGCUCAGGACCAUGCGAAUAAGAAGCUUGCUCUGGAGGCUGCUCAAGCGGACAAGGCUAGGGACUUGAGCAACGAACUGUAUGAGAUCGAUCUGCAGCUCGAGAGACUCCGGGAAACAGUAGUUCAGAGAUGCAGAAAACUGUCUACUCAAGAAAAGAAGGGACUUUCUGCAGCUCUAGGUCGACUCUCUCCUGAGGAUUUGUCUAAGGCCCUAAAAAUGGUAUCAGAGAGCAACCCGAGUUUUCCGGCUGGAGCACCAGAAGUGGAGCUUGACAUCGAUGUUCAGACUGAUGUUACUUUGUGGAGACUGAAGGUGUUUGUGCAAGAAGCAUUGAAAGCAGCUAACAAGAGCUCUGGUGGAACAAACGCACAGAACAACAACAAUGCUGGAGAGAUCAACAAGAACAAUGCGAAAAGACGGAGAGAGAUCUCUGAUGCAAUCAAUAAAGCUUCAAUUAAAAGAGCUAAGAAAGCUUGAAUCUCAUUUCUUUUCUCUGCAUCUCUCUGUUUAUUGAUCAACGAGGAACAAAUGAAUUUGGUGAACACCAAUCUAAAUUAGAGACACCUUCCAGUUCCAUU